AUCAUGUCUCUGUUGUUCAGGAAGUGAUUGUAUGAGGAUCCAAAGCUCCAGAGCAGCUCUAGUGUGUUUGGUGCUGCUCUGUGCUCUUCUGCUGACCGCAGUCAUAGUGCUGGGCGUCAUGUUCGCUCAAGAGAGACAACUAACCAACAAUACCACAGAAAAGAGAAACCAGCUGCUAACCACGAUUACCAACUUAACUCAACUAAACGUACAGUUAAAUCAGGAGAAAAAUGACCUGUCAAAAAAUCUUGGAGAAAGGGAUGGAUGGAUUUACUAUAAAUCCAAUCUUUACUUCCUUUCCUCUGAGACGAAGAGCUGGACUGAGAGCAGAAGAUACUGUACAGAGAGAGGAGCAGAUCUGAUCAUCUUAAACAACAGAGAAGAACAAGAUUUUGCUAUUUGGAAAAUAUAUGCUGGUGUUAGAGUGUGGAUUGGUCUGACUGACAGUGAUUUGGAGGGCAGAUGGAAAUGGGUUGAUGGCAGCAUACUGACCUCUGGGUGAGAAAGGACUGAACUGAACUAAUUAUUAUCUAAUAAAUGAUUCUCACAAUCAGUAUCAUAUCACACAGAUGUUGAUAUGUUGAUGCAGGUUCUGGGCAAGUGCAGAGCCUAAUGGACAAACAAGAGAGAACUGUGCCCUAAAUUAUGGACCAGGAUGGGCUGAUUAUCCAUGCAAUGAUAUUUUUCAAUUUAUCUGUGAGAAGAGAAUUUUGAAUUAAGUCAAUGAACAUCUCAGGUUAUAACCCUGUUCCCUGAAAAAGUGGGAACGAGAUGCUGCCCGAACAGUGCUAUGGGGAAAAUAUUUUUUCACUGGUUGUGAACACGUGUGGCAAAUACGCCAAGAAU